AUGAACCAGUCGCUCCUAUCGAACCGAUAUCUGUUUCUCGACUACUUGAACCGUCGGUACGGGGACCCGAACGCAAAGGCACGAGCACUGGAUCGACUUCGAUCGUUGAAGCAGAAGCCUGAUGAGAGUUUCGCCAGUUUCUUCCCAAAGUUCGAGAAAGAGCUUGCCGAUAGUGGCGGUGGCGAGUGGGCCGACGUGGUGCAAAUCAAUUACUUGGAAGGAGCAAUUAAUAAUAGGCUCAAGUCGAGUCUCGUCAGUGCCGUCAGUCUCCCGAAGGAUUUCAACAGCUACGCCGAGCUACUCUUGACGAUUGGCUCGCGCCUAGAUAGCCUCAAUUUCCACCAACGACAACAAGGCCGCGAGCAGAGGUCAAGAAAGGAGUAUGGUCGUUUAUCCGAACCGCUCGAGUCCCGACAAAAGCCCCCGUCACCCGGAUCGCCAACCACGUCGAGGGCCCCGGAGGAAAAGCAAUUUGUUCCGUUGGAGGAGCGCAAAUGUUACGAGUGCGGGAAGCUUGGCCAUCUUGCGGCCAAGUGUCCCGGGAAGGAGCGGCGGCAGCAGAGAGUCAAGGAGCGCGCAAAGGCUGAGGCGGAAUGGGCAACUCAGAAGGACGAGAUGGACUGUGAAGGCCUCUACGUAAAUUUCGGUAUCAAUCGAGAGUAUUUCACCACGGCCUUCGUUGACUGUGGUUGCCUGUGUUAUGGGACCAUCAGUGAGCGCCUUGCCCGCAAGCUUCACCUGCCGCGUAUUCCGAUUAAACCUCGAGCGUUGGAGCAGGUCAACACAUUCUCACCCGAGGCCAUCUGUGCCGUGACCUACUUCGACUUCGAUAUCGACGGGUACCAGAAGAAAAGAGCUUUUUUCUACGUUGUGCGAGACCAGACCGAUCCUGUGAUUCUGGGCAAGAAGUGGUUGAACCAGGAGGAUGUCACCUUGCGAUUAUCGCAGAACCUCUUGCAUAUCGGGACGCACGACCAUUGGGUGAAAGGCCGAGACCCGAAGGAGGAGGAACGGUGCAACAUACGAGGACAGGCGGCGUUCGUGUUCGCCGGAAUGGUUCGCCGAGCAAGAAAGUUCAAGCAUCGAGACGAUGGAGUGCGGAUCUUCGCCGCAAGCCUGAAAGACAUUGAGAAGGCAUUGACUCCGAGGAAGAAGUCAGACCCGAGAGAGAAGCUGCCCCGUCACUACCACGAGUACCUAUCCGUCUUCGACCGCGACCAAGCGGACCAACUCCCACCGCGUCGUCCGGGGUGUGAUCACAAGAUUCAGUUAGAGAGAGUUCCUGAUGACAAGGAGAAAGAACCGCCGUGGGGACCAUUGUACGGCAUGUCACGAGAAGAGCUCAUUGUUCUGCGAAAGACUCUCACUGAGCUACUCGACAAGGGUUUCAUUCGAGCAAGUAGUUCUCCAGCGUCAGCACCAGUUUUGUUCAAAGACCGAUAUCCCUUGCCGUUGAUCGAGGAAACUUUGCGGUCGCUGUCCAAGGCCAAGUGGCUCACCAAACUUGACGUUAUCGCAGCAUUUCACAAGAUUCGCGUCGAGGAGGGAGACGAGUGGAAGACAGCAUUCAGAACACGUUACGGACUCUACGAAUGGCUUGUCACGCCAUUCGGGUUGACGGGUGCUCCCGCAACGUUUCAGCGUUACAUAAACCACACGUUGCGAGAUUUCCUCGACGAGUUCUGUUCCGCUUACAUUGACGACAUCUUGAUCUACUCGAGCGAUGCAGGCCUGCAGAUUGAUAUCGACAAGUGUGACUUUGAGGCAAAGAGUGUCAAGUACCUGGGCUUCAUCGUCGAAGCCGGGAAAGGUAUCCGCGUGGACCCGGAGAAGGUAUUCUCCAACAUCGCCGCGCCUCUAACGGCGUUAACAAAGAAGGAUGCGGUGUUUGCGUGGUCGAAGGAGUGCGACAAGGCCUUCGAGGAGUUGAAGGCUCUUCUGACCAGUGCGCCGGUCCUUGCGCAAUGGGAUCCGGAUAGAGAGACGAUUGUGGAGACGGAUUCAUCCGGUUAUGUCACAGGAGGGGCGCUCUCGCAAAAGGGCGAUGACGGCAUCAUGCGGCCUGUGGCCUUCUUCUCAAAGAAAAACGCACCGGCGGAGUGCAACUACCCAAUCCACGAUAAAGAGCUGCUGGCGAUCAUUCGCCGCCUUGAGCAUUGGGACGCCGAAUUGAGGAGUGUGAAGUCCUUUACCGUUUUGACGGAUCAUCUCAACCUCCGUUACUUCACCAAGAAGCACUUCACCAUCAAGCAUCGACCGGGCAAAGAAGCCGUCGUACCGGACACGCUGUCUCGACGAGAACAGGACAUGCCGCACAGCGCCGAAGAUGAUCGGUUGCAAGGACGACGUGUUCAGCUGCUGCAACGUAACAAGGGUGGCCUGGUGACAAAAGUCAAGAGCGGUUAUGUCACCAAGGGCGACACGGAUCAACCCGAUGACGCAACAACUGACCAAGACGACUCAAUCGAAAACCCUUUCUCGGACCCGGAACUGCAGAAGUUAUGGGACGAAGGUGUCAAGAAGCACAAUCGUUAUUGGCUCAUCCGAAAGGCCGUACAGCAAGGCGAGGCGUCUGCCGUCGCAUUGGGACUGCCCGUGAUGCUCUCGGAAUGCUCGAUUGACGAUGGACAGCGGCUCUGCUGGCGAGAGCGAAUUUGGGUGCCGAACCACGAACCCCUGCGACACCCCGGACGGGACAUGCUGAAGUCCUUGUUGAGCCGCAAGUUUUAUUGGCCAGGCCUCGAUUCAGACCCGCUACCUAUUCCAGACAGGAUCUGGUCGGAGCUGUCAAUUGACUUUGUGACAGACCUGCCACCAACCAAGUCGAACGGUUCGACCAACCUUAUGGUCGUGACGGACAGACUGUCCAAAAGUGUCGUUCUUGAGUCAUUGAAGGACAUCACGGCCGAGACGACGGCCAGAGCAUUGCUACGGAACGUGGUGCAACACCAUGGCGUGCCGCGCGCGAUCGAUAACUGGGAAGAGCUGUUGCCAGCGGCCAUGAUGGCCAUCAACAAUCACAACUCGACGUCGACAGGCCUGAGCCCGUUCUUUAUCACGCAUGGGUAUCAUGUUGACCCGAUACAAGUCAAGGAGAAGUUACGGACGGACGGAAGGUCCCCAGUGACCAGGGCUGAAAGCAUUGUGCAACGAUUUCGAGAGGCAACGGAAUGGGCCCAGGCGGCAAUUGCGUCAGCGCAAGAGCAGCAAGAGAAGAACGCCAAUUCGCGAAGACAGCCGUCAGACCAGUUCAAGCCUGGAGACAAGGUAUGGCUGCGACUUCGCAACAUCCGAUCCAAUCGGCCAUCCAAGAAGCUCGAUUGGCUGUCGGCCAAGUACACCGUCCUGGAGACCAUUGGGUCACACGCGUGCAGGCUGGACACGCCUCCGGGAAUACACAACGUGUUCCACACGUCGGAUGACUACCGCCCACCGGCCAUUUUGACGGACGAUGGCGAGCUGUGGGAAGUGGAAGAGAUUCUGGACAGGAAGAAAGUCGGAGAGAGUGGAAAGUGUUGGUGA